GUUCCGAUGCCGCGCGUCGUCGUGGACGUGACAGCAGCGCUCCCGCUAUAGACUCGUUCAACGCUUUCUUUCACGGCGAACUUGUGCGUUCCUCGAGCUUGAAACGUGGUUAUUGUCCGCGAUGGGAAAGGAUAAAUAAGAUAAGGAUAAUUUAUCGUGCAUCGACGUGAUCUCGUAACUCCAGUGUUGUGGUGGUACUCGCGAGUGCGACAUUUCCAAGUAACCCUGUGUCCCCGCGACGUAAGAAAAGAGAAAAAAAAAAGAAAAAAAAAUUACUGACUCUGUUUUUCGACAAAACGUCCCAGGAAUAUAAUACAGGUUUAGCAAGAUACGCAGAUAAGUUGCGAUGUAACGUGAGUUUCGCGCCGUCCAUUUGUUUACGGUGGAUUUCUCACUCAAUUUCGCAAGGAACUGUGAAAUUUGUCGAAACGUUUGAAAAUUUUGCAACCCUUUACACUGCCGAAGAGUUGAAACAUUAUCACGGGAAUUUGGUUUUCCGACGUGUCAACAAUCCGCCUAUCGAGAGACUACCUUUCUGGAUGCUUUAUUGGGAAGCAUCAAGAAACGAUGACGUCAUGUACUGAAACAUAAGCUGUUUUCUCGUAGCAGGUGCGGUAUAUAAUUGAUCAAGAAAAGGACUUUAAUCCAGAGAGAUUGCUUCUAUUAUUUUCUCACAACAAUGGAUUCGGAAGAGGAAACACUUUAUGACGAUGUUGAUUCUGGUAAUGAAUCAAGUGGCGAUGAUGUUGACUUUGCCAUGGAAAUAGAAUCUGGUAAUCCACGUGAACGAGCUACCGAUGUCGAUGAAUAUCCUUUUGAAGUACUUUCCACAGAAGAGAUUGUACAACACAUGGUCGAUUCUAUAAAGGAAGUCAACACUGUUGUUGAAAUACCAGCAACAACUACACGUAUUUUAUUAAAUCACUUUAAAUGGGAUAAAGAAAAAUUGAUGGAGCGUUUUUACGACGGUGAUCAGGAAAAGUUAUUUGCUGAAGCACGUGUCAUUAAUCCAUUUAGAAAGGGUCCGUUAAUAAGCAGAAGUCGAUCCUCGCAAAGUUCUUUGUCCAAAAGAAUGACAAAUGGAACAGAGGAAUGUGGAAUUUGCUUUAUGAUCUUACCAACCUCAAUGAUGACUGGUCUCGAAUGUGGGCAUCGUUUCUGUACCGGGUGCUGGGGAGAAUAUUUGACGACUAAAAUCAUGGAAGAAGGAGUUGGACAAACAAUUGCAUGUGCUGCUCAUGCUUGCGACAUUUUAGUCGACGAUGCUAGUGUUAUGCGGCUUGUCAAAGAUUCCAAAGUUAAAUUAAAGUAUCAACAUUUAAUCACCAACAGCUUUGUCGAAUGUAAUAGGUUAUUGAGAUGGUGUCCUUCUCCUGAUUGUAAUAAUGCUGUUAAGGUGCAGUAUGUAGAAGCAAGACCAGUUACUUGCAAAUGUGGACAUAUUUUCUGUUUUCACUGUGGUGAAAAUUGGCAUGAUCCUGUAAAGUGUCAUUUACUCCGAAAAUGGAUUAAAAAGUGUGACGACGAUUCUGAAACGUCAAACUGGAUUGCUGCCAAUACAAAAGAAUGCCCUAAAUGUAAUGUUACUAUCGAAAAAGAUGGCGGAUGUAAUCACAUGGUUUGCAAAAAUCAAAAUUGUAAAACUGAAUUUUGCUGGGUAUGUCUUGGGCCAUGGGAACCACACGGUUCCAGCUGGUAUAAUUGUAAUCGCUACGAUGAAGAGGAAGCUAAAGUAGCUAGGAAUGCACAAGAAAAAUCCAGAUCAGCUUUACAGAGAUAUUUAUUUUAUUGCAAUAGAUAUAUGAAUCACAUGCAAUCGCUGAAAUUUGAGAGUAAAUUGUAUGCCAGUGUAAAGGAAAAGAUGGAAGAAAUGCAACAACAUAAUAUGUCAUGGAUUGAGGUACAAUUUUUGAAAAAAGCAGUGGAUAUUUUAUGUUCCUGUAGGCAGACUCUCAUGUAUACUUAUGUCUUUGCUUAUUAUGUGAAAAAGAACAAUCAAUCUGUGAUUUUUGAAGAUAACCAAAAGGAUUUAGAGAGUGCCACAGAAUGCCUCUCUGAAUAUCUCGAAAGAGAUAUCACGAGUGAAAAUCUUGCAGACAUUAAACAAAAGGUUCAAGAUAAAUAUAGAUACUGCGAUAGUCGAAGAAAGGUACUUUUAGAACAUGUCCAUGAAGGGUACGAGAAGGAAUGGUGGGAUUACAAGGAAUAGAGGAUCUUUAUUAGAGUUUCAUUUCUUGGGGUGUGACACACAAGUUCUCUUCCUUCCCACCUCUGCCCCAGCUGUGAUAAACUAAGAAAAAAAAGGAGCUAACACAAGAGACAAAAAUGGAGUAUGUCACAAAGUGAUAAAUGUGUUAUAUGCACUUUAUACAUAAUAUGCUCUGUGGUCACACAUAUAUUAUCGUUUAUGAUAAAUAUUGAACUCGAACUAUUAAAAUUCAAUCUGAUCGCCAAAUAGUUGAUUGGACACUAUCUUAAUUUGUGCUUGCUGUGUGUUGUACAUCAUUGUAGAUUCUUAAUCCUUGAUAAAAUGCCCCAUUGUUUUAGAUAAUGGUAAGAAUAUUAAUUAUAUUCAUUAAGACGAACAACAUGCGCAUCAUUAUUAGUCAAAUAUUAUUAUUAAUGUUUUAGCAAUAUGUUAAAAUAACUCGGCUAAAAAAUUAAUAUUUUAAUGUAUUUUACUGAUGUUAAUCGAUUGCAAUUUUUAAAUACUGAUGAUUUAUUUUCUUCCCAUUACUAUUUUAAGGAUAGCUGUUUAAAAUAUAAAAUGGGUCAGGUAUGUACAACUAAGAUGGAUCACAUCUCAACUGUUUUGUGCUAUUUUGGACCACAAUACGUCCAGGCUAUAACUGCCAAUCUUUAAGGGACACUAAAUUAUAUGCGUAUCGUCAGUGCUAUGUAUUUUUAUUGUUAAUGUUUAAAAUGAUACCCGUCCUGAUUAUAUCAUUUUUAAAAAAGAUUUCAACACAAAACAUCUUGUCAAAUAGUAAGGAUAUAAUUUUUAUUAUCUUAUAAAAUAGUAAAGAUAUAAUCUUUAUUAUCUCAUAAAAUAGUAAGUAUAUACUCUUUAUUAUCUCAAAAUAAUAAGGAUAUAAUAUUAUAUUCUUUAUUACAAUUUAUCCUUCUUUUAUACAUUUCUUAUUUCUUUCUCUACAGACAUAUAUUUCAAUUUGUUAUUCAUACUGACGUUGCGCAGUUCAAAGGGGGCCAAAUGUGAUAUCUUCACAUGUAUCAUAUUGCAUGUCGUAAAAAAACAUUACACAGAUGUAGAACACACAUUUAUAUUAAAUUGUAACAAAAUACUUACACUAUUAUCAUUGUUUCUCUCUUUUUGUAAAUCUGAUAUAAUUUAAAUGAUAAAUU